CCCACCAGCCCAGGCGAGCAGGGACCAAGCUUGCUUACUGUCACCUGACGCUGGGCAGCCACUGAUCCCAUUGGUGGAGCCAGAUUCGGUCUGGCUCUCGUUCUUUCUCGCCUUCUCUGCCUCUCUCUCAUCCACGCCGCUUUGAUUUCGCUCUUGCUUCUCUCCUGGAGCUCGACUGGGAACAUCGCCUCUCCGGGGGCAGCAGCAUUGUGCGCAGAGCCAGGCAGGAGCUGCCUGCGGGGCAUGGAAGAAGCCUUCUUGGCAGCCUCGAGAGGAGCCAGGGGAGUGAGUGAGCGCUGUUGCCUGUGACCCAGGCGUCCGGCUGUGCCCCUCUGCCUGGGGAGCCCGUCCACCCAGAGCUCUCUCCCCUCCUUGCCUUCCAGAUCUUCCUCUGCAGAGCCCGGUGAAGCCAGUCUGUACAGAAGCCAAACCAGUGGGGAGCAUGGAGCUGCUGUCCACGCCCCACAGCAUCGAGGUCAACAAUAUCACCUGCGACUCCUUCCGCAUCUCCUGGGCCAUGGAGAACAGCGACCUGGAGCGGGUCACCCACUACUUCAUUGACCUGAACAAGAAGGAGAAUAAGAACUCCAACAAGUUCAAGCAUCGGGAUGUCCCCACCAAGCUGGUGGCCAAGGCCGUACCACUGCCCAUGACAGUGAGAGGCCACUGGUUCCUGAGCCCCCGCACGGAGUACAGCGUGGCGGUGCAGACGGCCGUGAAGCAGAGCGAUGGGGAGUACCUGGUGUCUGGCUGGAGUGAGACGGUCGAGUUCUGCACGGGAGAUUAUGCCAAGGAGCACCUGGCCCAGCUGCAGGAGAAGGCUGAGCAGAUUGCCGGCCGCAUGCUCCGCUUCUCCGUCUUCUACCGAAACCAUCACAAGGAGUACUUCCAGCACGCCAGGACCCACUGCGGGAACAUGCUGCAGCCCUACCUGAAGGACAACAGCGGCAGCCACGGCUCCCCUACCAGCGGCAUGCUCCACGGCGUCUUCUUCAGCUGCAACACGGAGUUCAACACAGGCCAGCCCCCGCAGGACUCCCCCUAUGGCCGCUGGCGCUUCCAGAUCCCCGCCCAGCGCCUUUUCAACCCCAGCACCAACCUCUACUUUGCGGACUUCUACUGUAUGUACACGGCCUACCACUACGCCAUCCUGGUGCUGGCCCCCAAGGGCUCCCUGGGGGACCGCUUCUGCCGUGACCGCCUGCCCCUCUUAGACAUUGCCUGCAACAAGUUCCUGACCUGCAGCGUGGAGGACGGGGAGCUGGUCUUCCGCCACGCCCAGGACCUCAUCCUGGAGAUCAUCUACACUGAGCCCGUCGACCUGUCCCUGGGCACCCUGGGGGAGAUCAGUGGGCACCAGCUCAUGAGCCUCUCCACUGCGGAUGCCAAGAAAGACCCCAGCUGCAAGACCUGCAACAUCAGCGUGGGCCGCUAGGGACGCCUAGGGAGCUGGGGGGCGGGGGGCUAGGGAGAGAUGGCAGACGGGGCGGUGAUGGGAGGCAUAGGUGCAGGGAGCUGGCCUUCUCUCCCCUGCCCCCCUGCUCCCUCCACGCCAUCCAUCUCCCUCUUCCCUUCCCCUCCCCAGCGCAUUGGAGGCAACAGAGGGUGGUCCCCUUGGUAGGCAUGGCCCACCCAUGCCUGGUGGAGUUGGGAAGGCUUCUUAGCCUCAGCAGGUGGGGGGUGGGGGGCGGGUGGAUUUCGGGAGACUUCCCCGUUCCUCUAGUUUCCCUGCCCUGCUGUUUCUUGCCUCAUCCCAGGCCUCCAUGUCAGGAGAUCUGCCACCUAGGGUUCUCCCCGGGAAGCCUCUCCUUUCCGAGGCCCACUUGUAGCUUGCCUGCCUCCAGAGGUGAGGCGAGAGCUGUGGGCGUGAUCUUCCUUAGCCCCACCCACCCCGCUCAGGGCCAAUCACAGAAUGCCCCUCCCCUUGAGCUGGGCCUGGGGCUUCCCUCUAUAAAUAGUCUUCUGCACAGCUGUGACCACCCCCAUCCCACCCCACCUCCUUGCCCCGCAACGCCCUCUUCCUGCAUGGGGAGAGCUGUCCCUCCCCUUCUCCGCUUCCCCCCUAGAAAAGGGCCCUCUUUUCUCUUGGCUUUGGGGGCACCUGACUGCUGAGGUUUUCCCCUUCUGUCUGGAGAUGGUAUAAACCCCGAACUUUCCUCUUGCUCAGAGGGAGGAAGGGGUCUGCCGGAAUCUGCAGUGGCCAGCCUCUGGGGUCGAGGAGGGGGAAAGAGACCCCUGAGACCCAGAGGGACCCCCCCUUCUUAGCAAGGAGUGGGAAGUCUCACGCCGAGGGGACCCGAUGCUGAACUGGAAGUUGAGGGCGUUCCCGCAGAGUCCUGGCACCCUGCCUGGCUGCGCGCUUGCUCUCUCUCUCUGUCGCGGUGCCGCCACCGCACUGUGCCUGUGUGUGAUCUGGACUGUGGCUUCCCUGCCUGCCACCCCUCGCGGCCCCCCGCCCACUGGCACUGUCGGCUUCCCACCGAGCAGCGAGCCUAUUGGCGGAGAGCCCCCUCCCCGGGGAGUUCUUGGUGAAGUCCUUCCUGGGUCACGCAGCCUUUUCACCUGUUUCCUACUUUUGUAGGGCUUGUGGGAGUGGUGAGGGUGGACCCCGGAGACCAGCAGAUAGGGUGGAGUGAUGGGGAGAAGUGUCCACUAAGGCAGCCAGCUGUUUGGGGGACGAAGUGGUGACAUCAGGUGAGGAGAGCAGCCCCCACAGUGACAGCCUGAUAUCUGUGAUGAAGGACAUGAGAGGGCAGCAGGCCAACAAGGCCAUAUCUCAGUGAGUGGCAGUUGGGACAGCUGGUCGCCUCUUCUAUAGCCACAGGGAGUGGUGUGAUCAGCUGUCUCAGUGGCAUGGAUCAGGGCUGGGGGCGGUGGGAGAUGCAUGGAGGAGAGGACAUGGGCCCCAGUCCCUUUCCCCUCUGCUGAGGGGGUGGCUGCUGCCCUCCCCUACCCCGUAUCUGCCCUGGGUUGGGGACAUACCCGCCUGUGCUGUGCUUGUGCAUUAAUAAAACCACCAUGGCCUGAGA